AUGUGGAAAACUGGAAACUAUGGUCUGAAACCGGGCACGCUUCAAUUUCAAAGGAAAAAAAGAAAGGAUCUUCGUGGAAUGCAGAAAUAUAGUAGUGUAGCUCCUAAGGCGUGGUUCAAGCGACUGCAUGAUUUUCUCAUCUCCACCGGGUUCUCCGCUUCAAAAACUGAUGUCUCUCUGUUUUACUAUUCUAGUGGCACCUCUAAAGUUUUUUUGUUGGUUUACGUGGACGACAUCAUCAUGAUGGGAGAUGACUCGGCUCUAGUUGACUCUCUACUUCUGCGGCUAUCAACGGUGUUCAAGAUUAGGGAUCUUGGAACUCCGAGUUUCUUUCUGGGUAUCGAGACGCUUCCGGUUGACGGUGGCCUGGUUCUGUCGCAACGGCGUUAUAUGAGUGAUUUAUUAGUUCGGGCAAGUAUGACUGAUUGCAAGCCACUAGCAACACCGGAAUCAGUCACUCAAGCAGUAACUCCCGCAGACGAGGAAUUCGAUAAUCCGACCCAGUACAUGCGGUUGGCUGGGGCACUACAAUACUUGACUAUCACUCGCCCGGAUCUCUCUUAUGCCGUUAAUCGUCUGUGCCAGUUUAUGCAUACUCCCACUGUUGAGCAUUGGGGUCUCCUGAAGCGGGUUCUUCGGUAUGUUAAAGGCACUCUAGACUACGGGCUCCGGAUCGCACCGUCGCCAUCGACGGAUAUUCAUGCUUUUUCCGACUCCGACUGGGCUGGGUGUCCGACAGAUCGCAAGUCUACUAGUGGGUAUGCAGUGUUUAUUGGAUCUAACUUGAUCUCUUGGGUUUCCCGCAAGCAACGCACCGUCGUCCGCUCCUCAACCGAGGCUGAGUACAAGGGAUUAGCUGAUGUCUCCGCUGAGGUCACAUGGGUCGUGUCGUUGCUACAAGAAUUGGGGCUGCACUCUGGUCGACCCGCUACACUAUGGUGUGACAACCUCGGCACAACAUACAUGUGCGCUAAUCCAGUAUUCCAUGCUCGCACUAAACAUGUGGAGAUUGACUACCACUUCGUCAGGGACAAGAUUGCCUCUAGGGACUUCCAGGUUAACUUCGUGUCGACUAAAGAUCAACUGGCUGACAUCUUCACCAAGCCUCUUCCCUCUACACGGUUUGCUGCUCUCCGGUCCAAGCUCAAUGUUGUUUCUCUCCAACCAUGUGCUUGA